AUGGAGCGACUAGCCGACGAUGAGGCUGAGGACCCGGGACUGAUGGUGCUCAUCGCCGACGCCGGCAACUACUCGUUGACGCUGACGCACCUGCAGCGCAAACACUGGCGGCUCGUGAUCGUCCACCCUGCCGGCGCUGACCCCACCUUCACCGACUACGCCGAUGAGGCGCUGACCAUGGACGAGUUGUUGGACUGGGGACAGCAGGUCCCCGCAAUGCCAGUCGUCGAGCUGUGGGCCCAGCUUGGCCCCGACCAGCACAUGGCCCACUUCAACAAGGUCACCCGUGAGGCGGUCAUCGUCAUCGAGGCCGACACGGUCGAGGAGACGCACCGCAGUCUGCAGAGCCUGCUGAACCGCGUCUGCUUAGCCGUCGGCUACCAACCUGCCGACGUGGCCGCCGCGACGUCACCGAAGAGCUUGCUCUCCCUCCCGACGGCCAUCCACCUUCCCCCGCCCGCCGUCCCGCCAAAGCCACCCAAAAAGACCGCAUGGAAUGGGCAGGCGGCCGCACGGCAGCUGAACAACAACACCGAGCAGCACGGCUACGCUGCGCAACGCCACAACAGCGACGUCCCAAAUUUUCAGGCGCGGAAGCCGCCACGCGUGCCCAGCGACGCGAAGCGCCAAAAUUCCGACGCACCAGGCGCGUCGUCGGCCUCGUUCGGACAGCCGCGCGACCCGUUCGCCAUUGGGGCCCAGCAGCUGCGCGAGCGUGACCGUGAGCAGCGCCAGAAGACUCAGGCUACCAACUACAACAAUCGACGCUACAGCCCGGGCAAUGUUGGGAAGACGGCCGAUGAUGGAUACCGUCACCGCGCAACUCAUCAACCGCUUCGCCGUGACUUUCCGGAUCCGGUGGCCCCGUACGUCGACCACCCG